AUGAGUUAUACAAAUUUCCCAGACUUUUCGCAAGAAAUUGCAAAGCUCCUACAAGAAGCAGUUAAUAAUUUUGAUGUGCUCAUUCAAGCAGAGGAGAGUCAGAUCGGCGAAAUUUGUUAUGAACAAUCCGAAAACGUUUCCGACCAGAAUGCAUUCCAUGCUUUAAGUAUCUUGAUGGCCGCUAAUGAAUUAGUAAUCUACAAACUUAUCGAAUGUACUCAAACCUAUCUAAUUGAAAAGCAAACAAAUCCAUAUACAUUGUUCGAUUCUGAUGAUUUUCUGCACUUGGAUGAAGCUGCGCUUAUUGAAAUUCUCAAGUGUGACGACCUCGAGAUGGGCGAGACACUUGAUCUUAAAAAUCGUUCUCGUUGGUCCGACCAGGAUUUCUCAACUCUUGAAGGAUUGUUGCAUCGUUGCAUUCCUUUAAUAAGGUUUUUCCAAAUGUCUUCCAAUGAUUAUUAUCAAAAAGUGAGAGAUCCAUUUCAAAAAAUCCUCCCUAAACAACUCGAUGAGGAUGUAAUUCGAUAUCACUUGGAUUCUGGUGGUAAAUCUGAUAAAAUAAAAUCUCCAGACAAAGCUAUAUUAUGGGACGCAAAGAGUGGACUGUGCUUUGGCAAUACUGAUCUGCGCAUGAAUCAAUCUACUCAGACAUCUAACUGGAUAAGCAAAAAACAGGUUUACGAGCACCGCAUUACCGAAUCGGAAACCUUUUUUGCAGAAGAAUUUGAAGUGUUUCAGAUAGAAAAAUUACCAUUUGAAUUUGAGUUCCCUCAAAUUCAAUUGAGUCCCUCUCAAAUUGACAACAUCUCUGACAAGGUUUUGAUAGCUAUUUUACUUAUAGCAUAUUUAUUUCAAAUACGUAUUGUCAUUGUUUUGUAUGUUCUUAUGCUUCGUUACUUAUUAAAAGAUGGAUUACAGAAAAGUGCAUCACAGGAAAAUCAAAAAUAA